AAAAUCCCACGAUGUGUCCAAUACUGGCGGGAAGGCGGAAAGCGGGAAUUCUUUGCCGCCGUUGACAUCUUUCACUUGUCACCGUUAAGUCCGUUCGAGUAAUAAUUAUUUAUUUCCGUUGAAUCUACCAAAUAUUAGUGUAAAUGAACGCCAUGGAAGUCACAUCUCCUACGUUAAGUGCAAAAAUGAAAAAUCGAGAGAAUGCAAAUAAAAUCAGACACGGGUCCCCGAAAUUGCAAGAAGUCCUCAGAGAGAGAUGUCGGAUAAGAAUGCGAGAGAGGCGGUCUGAAUUCCUUAACAGACGUAGAUUUAGUCGUAUGAGUAUUUCGAGUGACACUGAUGUGUUAGGCGACAUCGUUCGUGCCGAAUUAAAUUAUAUCGCGGACACCAGUUUAGACCCAGCCGUGAAUCCUUUUGUUUCGUCCGAAAUUGUCCAACUCGACCCGGAAGAAGCAGUAGUGCUCGAAAGUGAAAUCAUCCAGGAGGAAGCGCAAUGGAUAGUGCAAGAAUACGAGAAAAUGAUGAACGAAGAACUGGAAUUCGCGUUGGCUGCGGAUGAACAAAUCGAUGAAGUUAUCUGCCCUAUAUGUCAGAAAUGUAAUUUGGUACAGAAAGAAAACAGGAUAGACUGCAAGUCUUGUAAUUUCAUGUUAAACUGUAGUAUCAGUUUAAGAGAACUAAAAUCCCUUAUUAACAAUCACGUGGACAAUCAUUCGGUACAAUGUACGGAAACCCCGGGUUUCUUAUCGAUACCUGAGAGCAAUACCUCUUCGUUGUUAAUAAUUUGUGACAAAUGUUCUACCUUGUCGCCGAUAGCAUAAAAGUAAUUAACGCUUUUCCAAAGUUUAAUUUAUAUAAAUGUUGUGGGUGUUCAAAUGAAAUUAAAAUUUGAUUUUGACGAUAUCGAAUGUGACGACAUUCAAUUGAUUGUGUUUUAUUAAUAUUUAAUUAAAUGAUAAAGAUCGAAGUACUCAAAUGAAUUUCUAUAGUUUAGAGAAAGAAAAAUGAAUUCAAAUUCGUUCGAUUAUGAAAAUAGAGAUCUAAUCGACGAUAUAGGUAUUCUGAUAUGAUUAUAUGAUAUACAUUGUACAAAACAACAUCCCUUCUUUGAUUUAUUUCGUAUCGUCUACUAUUUAUACAAAGACAACGUAGAGUUAAAAGACAA